GAACAGCUUUCGGACAACAACGAGGGGCUGCACAGGCUGGAUCGGAGUAUCUGUCGUUGACUGAGGCCGAAGACCCUGGAAUGAAUGGAGGAUAUAUCAACCCACCUCCAGUUAAACGACAAUUCCGUGAUCCUCACGCAGACUGGUGGGACAAGCAGGAGCGUAGAAAUUAUGGAGAGCCCGUUCACGAGGACAACGAUAUUCUGGGCAUGUUUUCACCGGAAGAAUACACGCAUACGAAGCCGGGCAAGGGUCUCUUUCAAAUUGGAUGUUUUGUGGCAGCUGUUUUCGGUCUCUGUGGUGUCGUUUCGAUGACAUAUCCAGAUAAACCAUCGGCGCCACGUGAAUUUGAAGGUGGAUUAGAGAGAGAGUUGGGUGGUCCAAAUGCUCUCAGGGCAAGAGCUGCUGGCGAUGAGUAAAUAGGGAUCUCAACAGAUUUGUAAAUAAGAUGAAAUGAAUCCUUCAAAAACUUGCAACUCGUUGCCCCCCUGUUUGGCUAGGGUGGUGCUAUUUCUUUUCUGAAUACGCAUAAUUCACGGCAUGUCUGCAUCCCUUCGUCGGGAACCAUUCAUAUUCAUAUUUCUCCUGGCUAUCGUGGUAUAUAUUUUCUAGGAUAGGAAUUACUCAUUCUUCCCAAGGAUUCAGGAAUCUUUAAGAGUUGUU